GUUUGGACGAGCUUCUUCAUGUACACAGCCACCUUUUUCAGGCAUCGGUCCUACCUGGUGCCAGCAUGGUCUACAGGUGGUGUCAGAGCAGCUCAGGAUCCUCGUCUCAGCUCUCCACACACUAACCAGGACUGCGCUGCUGCUAUGUCUAGUUUUUGACAUAACCUCAGCUUGAGAUUCUUCUUCCUAAAGAAACUGAACAAUCUCAGGCUCCCAUCAUUCCUGCCUGUGGUUUCCAUAUGAGAUUCAGCGGCGCCAGGCAGAACUGGCCUGGACCACUGACUUUCCACUUCACAUAAAAACAACAAGGACAAAAACAAGCUCCAGGGACAAGGGAAAAAAAGACUGUUAAGUACUUUAAGGACACAAGCAAAGCCUUGUUUGUCUUGGAGCAGCUCUAGUGGCCUUUGCCAACAGCCAUGCAGGUGUCCUUUGCAUGUACGGACCACGGCCUGAAGGCCCCGCGUAACGGCGAGCACAGCAAGCAGAACGCCACCAGCCCCAACACAACCAGCCAGGCCCGUGCCCGCUUCCGCACCGUGGCUCUGAUAGCUCGCAGCCUGGGCUCCUUCACCCACCGCUACCACCACAACCUCAAGGAGUCCACCGCCAAGCUCACCGGCAUGAAGUACCGGAACCUGGGGAAAUCUGGAUUGCGUGUCUCCUGUCUGGGGCUUGGCACGUGGGUAACAUUUGGAGGUCAGAUCUCUGAUGAGGUGGCAGAGCAGCUGAUGACUAUCGCCUAUGAGAGCGGGGUCAACCUGUUCGACACAGCCGAGGUCUAUUCCGGCGGGAAAGCAGAGAUAAUACUGGGAAACAUCAUCAAGAAAAAGUGCUGGAGGAGAUCCAGCCUGGUGAUCACCACAAAGCUCUACUGGGGAGGAAAGGCAGAGACAGAGAAAGGCCUCAACAGAAAACACAUCAUAGAAGGUUUAAAGGGCUCCCUCCAGAGGAUGCAACUUGAGUAUGUGGAUGUGGUUUUUGCCAACCGGCCAGACAGCAACACUCCCAUGGAGGAGAUAGUGAGAGCAAUGACACAUGUGAUCAACCAGGGGAUGUCCAUGUACUGGGGGACAUCACGGUGGUCCGCCAUGGAGAUUAUGGAGGCAUACUCUGUGGCCAGGCAGUUUAAUCUAAUUCCACCUGUAUGUGAGCAGGCUGAAUAUCAUUUCUUCCAGAGGGAUAAAGUGGAAACUCAGCUACCAGAGCUCUACCAUAAGAUAGGUGUGGGUGUGGUCUCUUGGUCCCCUCUGGCUUGUGGAAUCAUCACUGGAAAGUAUGAGAAUGGUGUCCCAGAAUCCUCCAGGGCCUCAAUGAAGCCAUACCAAUGGUUGAGGGAGAAAAUAAUGAGUGAAGAUGGGAGAAAACAACAAGCCAAGCUAAAGGAACUGGCUCAUAUUGCGGAGAAGCUUGGAUGUACUUUGCCACAGCUAGCCAUAGCCUGGUGCCUGAGGAAUGAGGGAGUGAGCUCAGUGCUGCUGGGAUCCUCCAAUCCAAGUCAACUAACAGAAAAUCUGGGAGCCAUUCAGGUAAUUCCAAAGAUGACAGCAGGCAUUGCCUCAGAGGUUGAUCAAAUUCUGGGAAAUCGCCCUCACAGUAAAAGGGACUACCACCAUUAGGAAGAGCCCCCCUUUUAGUGAACUAUGCUCCAAAAGCUUAUCAAAGCUCACUUUUCACAGCCAUGGCACCAAAAAUGCGUGCCCAACUUUGCUUGUGUGUGCGUAUGACUGUGUGUGUGACUGUGUAAAGUGUUCUGCUUGGCUCCUUGUCUGUAUGAAGAUCAACCAGUACUCAUUAUUGUAAAGUGAGCUACUUGACAAAGCUUGCAUGCUACAGCUACAGCGGCCAGCCACCGGACUCAGUCUGAGCAACAGUUAAAGGAUACAGCAAGAUUAUUUUUGGAGUGAAAGUCUCCUUUACUCCAGCAAGCAAAAACUGCUGAACAGCAAAUUCAGAUAAGCAAACGAUUAUAUUAUUGAGAAAGAAAUCUUGCUCAAAUUACUUCUGUGAGUAUGGGUGUUGAUGCACAAGAUAAAGAAAACUUUAGAGGCACUUACUGCUGCAAAAAGCAUCACAUAAGCUCAUGGCAGUGCAGUAAGUAUACAACAAAAAGACGAUCUGUAUCAAAAUGCAUCCAAUUUUCCAGAAAUCUACCUUACUAGAUGUUUGUGAUGUGAAGAAAAAGAACAAUGAUGAUGUGUGUAAUCGGGCCUGGUCUCAGCAGACUGGAUAAUAUGCUAACACUCCACAUUGCAGCUGGAGCUGACCUGUCAACAUGAUGAAUCGUUUCAGUACUGGAUGAACUGUAAUUCUGCUCACAAUGUUGUUGCUUAUACCAAGAGAGCUAAGUUAAGCUAAAAUGUGUUUCAAAACAUCUGUACUGACUGUUAUAUAUUUUCCUUACUAAGCAGCUAUGUCAGAAUGAGCUUUUCAUCUCGUUGUUUUUUUUUCACUCAUGCAAAAGUAAAGCGUAGUGGACUCUCCUGUUGUGGCCCCUUCAACCACUUUUAAUUUGGACUCUGCCAGACUUUCUGUCAGUGAUGAUGUCUGAUUCAUUCAAUUUCAGUCUGUGCUGUGGCUAAAACAUUUGUCUUGAGGACAAGGGAGAGCGUGUGGAUCUAACAAACAAAGCCAUGUAGCUAAUGAAAAGACUUUUUUUCUCAGUAAGAAAAAAACAAAACAAAACAUAUGUAUCCCUGCAGUCGUUGUAACUGGAACACACUGAAUUCUUACCCAGCUUCUCCCAGAUCCCAGUUUUACAUAAUAAGAUAAUCUUUGUCAUGUUAUGUCCUGUCUGUUCAAACGUGUUUUGG